AUGUUUACGAGUUUCGUUAGUGACAACAAACACCUCGAUGGCGAUAUAGAUAGGUCUAGUAAUACUCAUGAUGGGAUGGAAUUACCAAAACUACCCCCAUUGAAUACUCGAAGAUCUUUUGUGGAUGAGUUAAUUCAGAAUACAGGAGGACAGAAAGAACAGGAAGAGAGCGAUCAAUAUGCGGGCACCAUAAUUACAUCUCAUAACUUUUCAGAGAGUCCUGUUUCCAAUCAUCCUAGGUCAGCUCAGUCUCCAUCAAUCCACAGAUCUUCCAAAACAGUGCACAAGUUGAGAAGACCACCUCCACCGUCAUCACCAGGUGAUUCAUCUCCAAGCGUUUACCGCAAUAGAGGUUCUCCACAGCAUUCCCCAUUUGUUGGUGAGGACUCAGUCCGACAUAUGUCUACUCCUAUUACAUCUAUAGAAAGCCAUAAAAGGUCUUUAGCUAGAGUCUACAAAUCUCCUUUUGUUGGAGAUGAUGCAUCUGAUAUUGUUAUACAAGAACAAGAGCGUCUUGACAGUGGAUAUCAGCGUACAGGAUUGAUAGCAAUUCCAUUUUCAGAUGCCGACUCUAUGAAGGAAAUUUCAACACCACUUGAUGAACUCGACUUCUACAGUAGACCUCCACCUCCAUUAACAAACUCAAGAAAUACAAGCUGGAUGGGUAAGGUCUCCGAUGAUAUUGAAAGCUACUAUUCUGACUCAAAUUAUACAUUCAAUAACUCUACUGCUAGACAUAGUAGUUUUAACUCCCUUUAUGGGGCAAAGCCUCUUGAAUUAAUACCCAGUAUAACUGAACCGACUCAUCGCUUUAUUAUUGAAUUAUUGGAUGAGAAUAAGUUAUAUCAAUGUUACAAUAUAAGCAAACUAUCUGACAUAUAUGAAUGGAUACUUAAAAUUUACUUUGAGUGGUUCAAUGAAUUUAUAUUUGGAAAAAUUGAGUUUUACCAGGUUAUCCAGAGAUUAUUAGAGUUCCAAUUACCUCAAAAUUUUGAUCAAGACACAAUUGAUUCUAAUGUUGACAAAAUUAUCGCCUCUCUAGUUAUCCAACAUGCGAUAAGAUUUGAAAGAUCAGACUGUCAGGAUACAACGGCGGAACACAAUGACGCGCAAGAUAUCCUCGGAAGUGACAAUGAGAUAACAAUUAUCAUUGCAGGCUUGGAGGUUCAAGGCAUUUUUACAGAACUGCUUCCAUGCUAUUCAUUCCUAGAUGCAGCAUAUGACGAAAAUGAGUCUCUAUCUUGUUACUCCUAUGGAUGCACCAAUAGGCUGUCCAGAAGAAACAGAGGGCAGAUCAAAAUCUCGGAGGUUAUCAAUACUUCGGUUGGACUUUGGACAGACUAUUGGCAUCUUACCGAAGAGGAUCUUUCUGAGAUAAAUCCUAGAGAAAUUCAAAGACAAAGUUUUAUUUUUGAUUUAAUUAUUCUGGAGGAAAGAUCCCUAAACAUGGCAAAUGCAGCUGUAGAAAUAUAUGGUAAGAAGUUCGAUGCCGCCUUGUUACCUGAGGAUCCUGAAUUCUCGAACUUAGCCUUCAAAAUAUUUGAACCUUUGAUUCAGUUGCAUAAAGAGUAUUUGCUAGAUCCAAUAUUUUGGAAAAUAAAAACAAAAGGAAAAUUCAUUGACGGUAUAGGAAAAAUUUAUUUGAAAUGGUGUAAUGCAGCACAGAAUAUUUACUUAGAGUAUGCUAAAUCUAUGGCUACGGUACAUGAAAUUAUUACGUGGGAAAAGAAGCAUAAAACGAGUUUUUCAAAAUGGCUGAAUGAGAUAGAUAAUUCACCGGAGAUUACUCGUUCUAAAAUGUACCAUGAUGUUAUUUUUUUUGGAGGCUUCUUUAAAUCUUUACAGAAUAUGCCCAUUACGUUGGCAUCUAUAUUGAAAAACACUGAUCCUUCAAUAGAAGAUUCAGAGUUACUCAAAACCGCCAUUGCAAAUGUAGAAAAACUAAGCGCCAGCGUAGACAAGAUACACGGUGAAGCAAUUGAUCAUAGAAAUUUGAUCCGUCUCUCGAGACAGAUAGUGUUUGAUAAAACAGAUAGUGAUAACACAGUGGCGUACAACAAUGUAUCUAAUAAAGAGAUGGGAGAGAAGAACGAAAAGCAAAAUAGAUUAGAUCUUGGAUUGUCUGAUAUUGAUAGGAGGCUCAUACAGGCAGGUCUUGUAAUGAAGAAAAGGGAACUGAUUUUGGAUCCUACACCCGUCUUUAUUGCGCUUUUGGAUAACUAUUUCUUAAUAAUGGAGCCCAUAACAAAAAAUGACAAUGUGAGCUAUAAACUAAUGGAAAGACCAAUACCUAUUGACUACUUAAAUUUGGAAAAAAAAAAUACUAUCAAAGAUAGUACAGACAUAACUAUGAAUCCCUUCUCUAAAGAAGGGCCUUUGGGGCACAUUGUGUCUUCUCCUAUCACAUCUGUUCCUUCACAUCUUCUGGGCGUAGCAUCUGCUGCUAAAGCUUGGCAAAAUGAUCAAAAACAAUAUUCAACAGGAAUAUCAAAUUCCAACCCUAACGAAGGUGAACUAUCCUUCAAAAUAAGGAAUACAGCCACUAAUGAAUCUUUUACGUUCCUUGCAUCCAAUGCAAAUGAGAAAGAUCGUUGGGUAGAUAAUAUAAUGACAAGUCUGCGCAACAAUGGCAAAAGGUCCUUCCAAAACGGUCUAAGUUUCAAUAUUCUAUCUACACAGUUUGCAUAUCCUGAUAAAGCUGCACCAUCAAAUUUACCAGUUGCCCCAGAUGGCUCAGAGCUUGAUAAAGCUUUGAGGAGUUAUGAAAGGAAAAAUCAUCAUAAUAAAGUCGUUCAUCCCAUGAGAAGUACCCUUUUAGGAGCUGUAUAUUUUAAUUUUCAGGACAGCAAAUUCAUGUUGGUGGCAACAAAUUAUGGAUUACUGCUUAGAUUAGAAACUGAUGUAGAUGCUAAAUUUGUCAGAGUGGUUAAAUGUAAUUCUAUCAGAAGAAUGGAGGUUAAUCAAAAGCUUGGUAUUCUUUUUGUCUUGGAUAAUAAGAAUUUGAUAUAUUUCAAUCUUCAGAAUAUUAUUGGUGCAUAUUAUGAUCCCACUAAUAACUUGAUCGAUGAUUUACUUGUUGGAAUUGUCAUAAGGGAUAAAGUUGAGUACUUUAAAUUUGCUGAAGAUUUUGACAAUUCAAGACAUUUGUUCUACGAGCGGAAGGGGAAGGUGCAUAUUCUAACACCAGAACUUGAUCAGAUAACUAGAGCACUCAAAUAUUUCAAAGAGUACAAAGAAUACAAACUACCAACAUCAACAAGUGGUUUAAGAAUUACAGGAGUUGUGAAUAUUGUGAUACUCAAGAAGUGUUUUAUUGUUUGUAGUAGCAGAGGCGCUAUAUUAUACAAUUGUACGUUUAACGAUGAUGGGAUUGUGUUACCGAGUUUUCUGAAUGAUAGAAAAACUUUUGAACAGUUAUCUUCGACCCAUUUGAGUACAAACCCAUUCAAGACCACAAUAGAAUCGUCUUCUAAAAAAGACUCUUCCAGGCAAAAAAUGGCUGAAUAUGUAAAGAAAGAUAUUAUCUUGAACAAAACUAAGCCAAUUGCAUGCUUUCAGAUGCCACACACCCAAUUCUUUCUCAUUGUAUAUGAUGAAGCUGUAAUAAAAAUUGAUCAAUUUGGCCAAAUGCCCAAUUGGACUGAGGAUGUCUUAGUUCUAGAUUUUCAUUGUUCGGGCGCUACUUUAUACAUGGGAAAUUUAAUAUUGACUGGAGACAGUCUAAUACAAAUAUACAGUCUAAAAAAUCCGGACGCUUCUAUGUCCAAAUUGAUCCCAACUCAAAUUAUCAAAGGGAAAAAAGUGCAGUUACUAAGUUUUGAGGAGAAAGAUGCGGCUAUUAUAACAUUGAGCCAUCCAAACAUUGCAGAUAGACAGAUAUUACUUGAAUGCAGAACCGGUGAGAUAUAA